AAAUGCGGUGCUCGCCCACAUUGAGAGUACUUUUGGAUAUCUUCUUCAAGAUGCAAAUAAUCACUCCUGGUUGGAUCUCGCCAAAUUGGAAGACUUUUCUCAGGUACGCUCUCGGUACUGUGUCAGUGUGCGGUCUACUCACCCGAUGUUUAUUUGCAGGCCGUGUAUUCCAAAGGGGCGCCGCUACAGAACUGUUGGGGCUUCAUCGAUGGUACUGCACGGGCCAUUUGCCGACCAUCAAGGGACCAAAAGCUCUUUUUCUCUGGGCACAAACGAUUUCAUGCUUUGAAAUAUCAGGCCAUCAUGUGCCCCAAUGGCAUCAUCUGCCAGUUGAACGGCCCAUACGUGGGCAGUCGUCACGAUGCAGGUAUCCUCCGAAGGAGCAAGACGUACCAGAAACUUGAGCAGCUUGUGAAAGGACGAAGUUUUUGCCUCUACGGUGAUCCGGCCUACCCCUUACGACCUUUGCUACCAAAGCCUUAUGGCGGGUCUAGCCUUACCGUGCAGCAGCUUGCCUUUAACAAAAGGAUGAGCACGGUGAGGCAGGCAGUUGAGUGGGGCUUUGGAAAAAUAGCAGGGUUGUUUGCUUUUCUAGAUUUUAGAAAAAAUCAGAAGUUGCGCCAGCAAAAUGUCUCGCGUAUGUAUAAAGUUGGUGCUAUUCUUGCGAACUGUCACACCUGCAUGUACGGUUCGCAGGUCACAGGAUAUUUUGGAGUGGAACCCCCGCAGCUGGAGGAAUAUUUGAGGCCACAACACUGA